CUUUCCUCCCUUUCUCUCUCGUUUACUUCAACUUCUUCUGGUCAUCAUCAUCGGUUCCUCGAUUAUUCACGUUCAUUUGGAAUUCGAGUUUUCCUCCUGGUGCAUGAUGCUCCGCCGGCCGAUCGGAUCAUGGCGCAGGCUCUAAGAGCGCCCAAAGGGACCAUGUCCGACGCUCCUGCGCCGUUGGUAUUACGGGCUGCUACCGUCCCCGCGAUUGUUACCAGCGACCCCUCGAGCUCGAAUACCUUCCAGGUCAACCACAGCACGGGUCACAGUCACAAUAAUGACAACAACCCGAAUGCAAAAUUCCCCGGCACGGACGAUCCCAGUCCUGUAACCCCAAGACUCUUGCGUACCUCGCAGACUUUCCCAAUUGGGUCUGUUACCUCCGAUGCUGCUUCUGCUUCUGCUUCUAGUGGAAACCUACAAGAUGCGAAAAAGUCUCCGAGAAUCCUCUUACCCCAUGGCGCUCACUCAGUCGUUGGGCGGAAUUCCGCCUCUUCGCCGACCUUGUUCCAAACGGCCGACUCUAGCGCUAUAGAUCCGCUAUCGCAGCAUAUCAUCAAGCGCACAAACACCGAAAAAUCGAUCCCGCUCAAGCUCCUCGGGAGGGCGUCUUACGAGGCUGAAGCUGGGGGAUCAGACAGGUUCAGCCCCGUGGACCAAGAUCCAAUCCGAGGUGAUGCCACGCUGCGUCAGAAGCCUCUGAAAGACAAGAAAAUAGGUGUUUCGUUUCUGAGUCGCAUCAUCCCCGGCAAGAAAAAAGACCUGUUUUCCGAUGAAGAAGACAAUGUAUCGGAAAUGGGUAACCGCAUGGAUGCCCAUGCCUCUGCGCAACCGAUAGGCUUUUUCCCGCGAUUUCCACCUCCUCCAAAGUACAUCAGAGUCCGAGCGCAGUACAAGAAGGAGAGAACUUUUCAUCGCGUGUUUCUUGCGCAGGAAUUGGAAGGCGCCGAUACUUCGCCCAAUGAACCGGAUCAAAACACCCCUCCCAGAACGGCGGAUUCACAAAGCAGUAAACCUACAGGGAAGGCCGUAUGGGCCCUGGUUUUCUCGAACGAUGGGAAGUAUCUUGCAGCUGCUGGCCAGGACCGUAAGGUUCGAGUCUGGUCUGUGAUAGCGUCUCCAGGAGAUCGAGACACUAGUGAAGCGGACGACGACGAUGACGACACUCUACGCCUGAAAGCACCCGUAUUCAAAGAAAAGCCCGUCCGGAUUUAUGGUAGCCACACAGGGAGUAUCCUUGAUUUAAGUUGGAGCAAGAAUAAUUUUUUGCUUUCCUCGUCGAUGGAUAAGACUGUUCGAUUGUGGCACGUUACCCGACCCGAGUGCCUGUGUUGCUUUAAGCACAGUGAUUUUGUAACAUCGAUUCAGUUCCAUCCCCGCGACGACCGUUUCUUCCUAGCAGGUUCCUUGGAUAUGAAACUUCGGCUAUGGAGUAUUCCAGACAAGAGUGUUGCGUUUACUGUGAAUGUGUCUGACAUGAUUACCUCUGUUGCUUUCACUCCAGACGGACGUUUCUCGAUUGCUGGGUGUCUAAAUGGGAUGUGCAAUAUCUACGAGACUGACGGCCUGAAACCGACCGGAAACAUCCAUGUCCGUUCGGCCCGCGGUCGCAAUGCAAAAGGCAGUAAAAUCACUGGGAUCGAUACGAUUGUUUUACCACCCAACGACCCGAAUGGUGACAUAAAGCUUCUGAUCACCAGCAACGACUCGCGCAUUCGACUCUACAACUUUCGGGACCGCACCCUGGAGGCUAAAUUUCGUGGAAACGAAAAUACAUGCAGUCAGAUUCGGGCCUCCUUUAGUGAUGAUGGGAAGCACAUCAUUUGUGGUAGUGAGGACCGCAGAGCAUAUCUGUGGUCCACGGGGCCUGUAGAGAAGGAUGCAGAUAAACGAGCCGUGGAGAUUUUCGAAACCCAGACAGCCAUGGUAACAGCCGCAGUGAUGGCUCCAAAGAAAGCGAAGCAGACCCUAGGGUUUUCAGGAGACCCAAUAUACGACCUUUGCAACCCGCCCCCAGUCACCCUUGGUGGCCAAUCCAAGGAGAACGAGCGCCAGAAUCGUAUUUCUGGGGCUAGUAAGCUGGCUCAGGAAUCCCCUGGAUAUCUCUCGCGCUCAACGCACCCGGACGGAAACAUUCUCAUCGUGGCAGACUAUUCGGGAAAGAUCAAAGUAUUCCGACAGGACUGCGCUCACUCGAAACGUCUCUACGACAGCUGGGACACGCAUUCGACGAUUUCCCGCCGGAUUCUGGGACGCACGAACUCGGCACGGCAGAGCAUCGCAUCCUCCACAGGGAAAGAGUCUUCGCACAAGACACCAUCCGAGCGGAUCAUCUCAUGGCGAAAUUCGGUUGCUGGACACGACAGUACGAACGGUAAUCAACGGCAGAGGACCAGGACUCCCUCUCCGCCGAAGACAAUGCGAGGUCUCUGGCGGUAUUCGAGCCCUGGGCGUGGCUCGUCAGGACCGCAGGGCGAAUCGCGCUCAGCAUUCACCAUGUCCCCACCAAUGUCCGCCUAUAAAUCUUCCUUCGACAGCCGCCGCUCAAGCUUGGUAGAACCCCCAAAGCGCAACGGAGGUGGCACAGAAGCAGAAAACAUUCGUCCGCCACCGCAGUCGGCAGCUGAAAUAAUGUCUAAAGUCGAUGACAAAGAUAACCCGCUCUGGCUACAAGGCGAUCAGAGCUACGCAUUCUACAACAAAAUCACCCAAGAUGCGCUAGCCGUACACCGCAACUCCCCGGGUCUUCUUAGUCCCAAUAACCUCGAGCGAAAAGUGACCGCUCGUAGCGCGCUGAGCAGCGAAUGCGCCUCCUCGAAUGUCUCCGGUGAAGGCGAGGACAACGAUGUCCUCAAAUGCGAAGGCUGCUGGGGGACGAAUUUUCGAGCUACCAAGGGACGAAAUGGCAAGCAGCGCUUGAUUUGUGUGCGCUGUUCUCGUCCUAUAGAUUAGCAAGGUAAUGUCUUAUUCAUGAGCUACGAUGCCCACUGGAUAACUUUUUCUUUUUCUUUUUUUUCUUUUUCUUUUCUUUUUCUUGGAGAUUUUUGGGGGAAAGGGAGUGUGGGUGAGGGUAAAUACAUUGGCAGAAGGAGGCCUUACAUGAUGAUUGUAACUAGCACAUUUAGCACUGUUGUAUAGUAUAUGAGAGAUGAUAAAAUGACACUCUAUUGAGAUUUAAA